AAAAGACCAAAGAAGAAGAGUUGAUCAGCUUCUUCUUCUACGUAUUUAACAGUUUGGGCGUUUUCUCAUUCAAAUUAAACUUCUGCGCAUGAAUGUCAUUUACUUAGAGCUCCGAGACAUGAGACUGUUGACGAAGGCAGCGCGCUGUGCUGUGAGUCACACGGAGCCGGGCCGCAGACACUUCUGGGGUUGGCUCAACGCAGUUUUUAACAAGGUGGACUACGAGAGGAUCAAGGCUAUUGGUCCAGACCGAGCCGCAGCGGAGUGGCUGCUGAGAUGUGGUGCCAAAGUGAGGUUCCAAGGUUUCGAUCGCUGGCAUCACGACUACAACGGGCUGCCAACUGGGCCUCUGGGCAGAUACAAGAUCCAGGCGAUUGACGCUACCGAAUCCUGCAUCAUGUACAGAGGGUUUGACCACCUGGAUGGUUUGACGUGUGUGGAGGAAAUCAAGCUCAACAAGUGUAUCUACAUUGAAGACACCUGCCUGGAGAGACUGAGCUCAAUAGAGAACCUGCAGAAGAGCUUGUACAUGAUGGAAGUUGUGUCGUGUGGAAAUGUGACCGAUAAGGGAGUCAUCGCUCUGCACAGACUCGGGAACCUGGAGUACCUGUUUCUCAGUGAUCUGCCGGGAAUCAAAGACAGACAGACGACAGUUGACAGACUACAGACAGCACUGCCACGUCUGGACAUAGCGCUGGACCUUGACUGACCGAUAACAAGCUUUCAGUCAUUUGUAUUUAAAUCUAGUGACUAUAUAAGUGAGGAGAGAAAACAGUCCAGUGAGGAGACGUUCAAGCACUUUACAUGGCUGAUACCAGUUGCUAUAUAUAGAGUGAUGUAUAUUUUAUUCGCAACAUUCAACAUAUUAAAGUUACCCCACAUGUGGACACAGAGAGAAACAAUGUGUGAAAGCUCUGAUUAUUUCCACAAUUAAAGUUGUUUAAAUAAUUUCUGUUCGGAUUAAUUUGGCAUUUGUACAAUAUCUGAGGACAGACAGACAGAUGGCUGAAAACAUCCUUAGCACCAGAGGCCCAGAGACAAUAAGUACAAUGUGAUCUAGUUACUGCUAAAUGUGAGUGACAAUGGGUCAAACCUAUAUGUCAAACUGUAUUCACCCCUGAUGUCAAUAAAUAUUAAUUUCGGAAA